CCAGGUCAAAUAAACGAAAGGCGAGGCUUUAUUGGCUGAUACAAAAACGAAAGUUGCACAAAGUCCAGAGAGUAAAACAAAACAGAAACCCCCCAAAAAGGAAUGUAGGCAAGAACAAAUGGUGCACAAACAGACAAACUUAAGACUAAACACACACAAACACAGGGCAAACAGGUGAAACACAACUAAUGCAGGAAAACAAAGGAAACACUGGAGAUUUACAUGUAAAGUAACUCUUCAAAAUAAGAAAUACCUGAAAAUAAAACAGAAAUAAUAAAAGUGAGGCAGACAAGAAAACACGAGCAGAAACAGAACUCAGAAAAUGGACUGAUUUGUGUGUCAAGGAGUGAAAACACCGACCUUCAAAAAUCAUCAAUUUAUUUACAGUCCGGAAAUUAAAGACAGUGCCACUUAUACUAUUCUGCCCCACCCAUAUCACAGUGGAACGUUCUGUCUCCCCAAUAUUAAAAGGUCACUGACUUAUCGUUGACCAGCAGAUGAUCCUCUGGUGGACGUCUUACUGCAGCCUGCAGAACCUGUCUGGGAGUUUUUCAGCGUCACCGUGGAGAUUUUCUUCAGAUUCAGGUGAAAGUAAACGAGAGCAAAUGGGCACUCCAAGGACUCUAGUUUUCCUUUUUUUAAUUGGAGGGUUUUCUAGCAGUCAGACCUCAGGCUGCUCAUACUACGGUCUCUUGGAGUACUUAAACCUGACAGGAUCAGACUCUGCACUGCAAAUCAUGCGACCAGUGAAAGACUGGAACACCGCCACCCUCAUUCAGCUGGAUAUGUAUUUGUUGGGCAUUUUGGAAGUGGAUGAGAAGUCUCAGACUGUUAUGGUUCACAUCGUUGUCAACAUGGCUUGGACAAAUGAAUUCCUAACUUGGAAUCCUUCGGAUUUUUGUGGGAUAGACAACCUGAGUGUCCCAGGAUCAUUGUUGUGGGCUCCAGAUGUGAGAAUUGAGGAAGAUGUUUCUGAUACUGGGAGUGUUCAGAAGGGUCCGUUGGUCACUGUGUAUUCGAGUGGGUUGGUGUUCUCAAGUGAACAGCACCGGCUGACCUACACCUGUCGUCUCAGUCUGAGGAUGUUCCCUUUCGACACGCAAAGUUGUAACAUCACAUUUUCCUCCAUGACCUCUAAUGUGAAAUCUAUAAGACUGGAAACAUUCAGCAGUGACGAAGUCCUUGGAAAAAUCUCUGAGGUUGGCAUGGCUACAAAGGGAGAAUGGGAACUUGACAGCUUGGAAACUAUCAAUUAUACUUCUGCAGUGCACAUAAAUAAAAGCAAACUUUUAUACACAGUCAUAAUGGUCAGGAAGCCAUUGCUUUAUGUGAUAAAUUUAAUCAUACCCCUGUUCUAUUUCCUGGUCCUGGAUUUGGCAUCAUUUUUAAUAAAUGAGUCAAAAGGUGAAAAGCUGAGCUUCAAAGUGACCCUACUCCUGUCCAUCUCCGUCUUACUGCUCAUUCUAAAGGACAUGUUGCCGUCCACUGAAAAGCACCUGCCAAUGAUCGCCAAGUACUGUGUUGGAAUCUUUACUCUGGUGGGUGUAAGUGUCCUGGAGACCAUGCUGGUGAUCUUUUUAAUGGACCUUGAUGGUUACUGUAGUAAGAAGACUCAGGACACUGAAAAGUCCCAGGUGGAUAUUCAACUGGAAGCUAACUAUCACGAAGAGCCAAUGGAAGGUGACGAAAGAGGUCAUGAGAAACCAGCAAAGAGUUUCCUAAUGAGUGACUGUGACCUCCUGAAACUCAUCCUUGAUGAACUUAAGGCAGCUCGAGAGGAAGUUGGAAGAAAGGAAAAGUUUCACCACAGCAGGAGACUGGCGGAAAUCAUAGAUCCACCCAAGAUCGACAGUGCACAAUGUGCUUUGACCUCAACUGUGCCACCCUCCUGGGAAGAGCUGAGGAGAGCCUCAAACGAGAGAACUUCAGUUUUUUGA